AUGGAUCUUCUCAAGACUCCCGCUUUUGCGGCCCACGUCGAAUCGCUGCUCAAGGAACACCACACCCCGGGCGUCUCCAUCGCCAUUGUCCACGACGACACCUUCUCCUCAGCCGCCUUCGGUAAAUCCGUCAUCUCGUCCGACGCCGGCAGCGAGGAGCGAGACUGUACCCCUGACACGCUCUUCGACAUCGCUUCCUGCAGCAAGAGUCUCACCGCAGCGGCAGUAGCCUUGCUCGUGGAAGACGAUGUCAAUUUCCCGAACGUCAAAUGGGACUCCAAGAUGAGCGAUCUGUUGCCGGAGGAUUUCGUGUUGGAAAAGGACGAGUACACGAGGGAUGUCACCAUCGAGGACAUCUUGAGUCACAGGUCGGGAUUACCCAGCCACGAUAGUGUCUAUAUGGGCACCAAGGCCAAACGCCCCGACACCGCCAAAAGCAUCACCCGAAAACUUCGACACCUCCCUCUCGCGAAGCCGAUCCGAUCCUCCCACAUGUACUGCAACCUGAUGUUCACCGUCGCCACCCACCUCAUCGAAACGCUCACCGACAAGACCUUCUCCGAAUUCCUGCAGGAGCGCAUCUUCGCCCCCCUCAACCUGACCUCCACUUUCCUGCAGCCCUCCAGCGUGCCGCCCGCGGACCGGGACUCCCGCCUCGCCUGCGGCUACAGCUACCGCGAGUCGACGUCGACAUACCACGCCAUCCCCGUCUUCGACACCCCCGAGGACCAAGGCGCCGGCUCCAUCAUCACCAGCGUCAACGACUACAUCGUCUACGUCCACGCGCUGAUGACGCACGCCCCGCCCUUCACACAAGCCAUCCAGAAGGCCCUCGUGACCCCACGCUUCGCGCUGCCCGAGUACAACGACGACCGCGAGCGCCUGCAGUCCUCCACGCUGAUCGGCCUCGGCUGGGAGAUCUUCUACUACCGCGGCCACCGUGUCGUCCAGCACGACGGCUCCAUCAGCGGCCUCACCUCGACGCACUUCUUCCUCCCCGCGCGCAACUUCGCCGCCGUCAUCCUGUGCAACGGCGACGCGGGAUACCCCGCCGUCGCGGCACUCGUCAGGGAGCUCAUCGACCAGACCCUCGGCGUGGAGCCGAGCCAGCGACUGGAUUGGCCGGAGAUCUUCACGCGGGGCCGCGGGGUGCGCGGCGAGGCGGAGAGCGAGGACGCGGACGGGGAGCAGAAGAAUGAGGAGGAGAAAGCUCCCUCCUCGAUCGACACCGCCGGUGCGAAAGACAUGGCGGAGCUGACCCUCGCCGACCAACCUGAAAAGGAAAGGGGAUCAGAGGAGAAGUACAUCCCUCCCCCCUUCCCCACCUCCGACCUCCCCCUCGAUCGCUUCACCGGCGAAUACCACCACGCGGGCUACGACUCCUUCGUCGUCGGCGUCAGGGCUUCCCCGGAAGGGGGAGAGGCGCUGUUCAUCGACGCCGCGGACCGCUGCAUGGGGUUCGGCAUCGCGUUGGAGUUCGUCUGUCGCGCCGAAGCCGGCGGGGAUGCCUCGUCGCCGUCGCCGUCGGAGGUGAAAUUCCUGGCUUAUCUGACCGACGUCGAUGAGUGCGAGACGGAGAUUCUGGAGGCGGUUUUUGUGGUCGAUGGUGAUGAUCGGACGGACGCUGGUGGGAAGAUCGGCAAGGCGAGGAGGUUGGGCAUCAACUUGGAUGAGGACAUCGAGGGGCUGAUCUGGUUCGAGCGGGUUUGA